GCGAGGGGCGCGGUAAAGCGGCGCCGCGCGGGGGGCCGGGCUCAGUCUGCGGGCAGCGCGACGCCGGUGAUCGGCUUCUUUCUCCGAUCCGCAUCGCUGUGCCCAUGGGGCAGCAGCGCCGGACACCCCCGCCACCGCCGAGACGCGCGGUAGCGCGGAUGUAGUGACAGCUGGUGUCCUUCUCGCAGACCUGGACAACUUCCUCACAGCCAGCAUGGGCAGCCCACAGCUCCCUGCCUCAGCACCAGGGCGAUGAGGAGCCAUCUGCUGGCCUAGCAGGAGGAUUUUUCAUGUUUUUUUAGUUUUUAUUUUCUGAACCCUGUGAGAUUUCAUGUGAAGACACUUCCUGCGGCCUCGCAGCUGUGAGCCCCGUGGGUUGGAGGCGGUGGCCUUCCCUCUGUGGCCAGGCCAGCAGAAGAAUUGCACCCAGGCUGCCCCUUAAGUGUGGGGCCCAGCCCCACAGCACUCCCAGUCAGUGUGGCUCAGGCCUCUCCCCUCAGCUCUCCCACCAGCGGAUCGGAGGCCUGCGGCCCUCACGCCACCAUGGCGGCCAAGCAGCCCCCGCCGCUGAUGAAGAAGCACAGCCAGACUGACCUAGUGAGCAGGCUGAAGACACGCAAGAUCCUGGGGGUCGGUGGCGAGGAUGAUGAUGGCGAGGUCCAUCGCUCCAAGAUUAGCCAAGUCCUGGGAAAUGAAAUCAAGUUUGCUGUCCGGGAACCCUUGGGGCUCAGGGUCUGGCAGCUGGUUUCCGCCGUCAUGUUUUCUGGGGUGGCCAUCAUGGCCCUGGCUUUCCCUGAUCAGCUCUACGAUACCAUCUUCAACGAGGAGUCGGUGAGCAGCAAGACUCCCAUCCGGCUCUAUGGAGGAGCCCUUCUCAGCAUCUCGCUCAUCAUGUGGAAUGCCCUAUACACAGCUGAGAAAGUCAUCAUCCGCUGGACCCUGCUGACAGAGGCGUGCUACUUCGCUGUGCAGUUCCUGGUUACCACGGUCUCCCUGGUCGAGAGUAGCCGAAUGGCCACGGGUGCUGUGCUUCUCCUGGUCAGCCGAGUCUUCUUUGUCCUCAUCAGCAUCUAUUAUUAUUACCAAGUUGGACGCCGUCCCAAGAAAGUCUAAUUCCUGGGCUUUUUGUCAUGGGAAGGGUGGGAGGGUGGGGUUUGUGUCGGUAAUUUUGCAUUAUAACUUUUCUUUUGUUAGUCCCUUUUUGUUACAAAGUGAUUUCCUUCUUUUCCACUUACCGGCAUGAAUCGGUAUGUAACCCGGUGCUGGUGGCAUUGCCAGGUGAUUUGCGGGGAGAGCAGCAUCCUGCAGGCACCCCAGCAGCCCCUCUGCAGGCAGCAAGUGAAGAGCAUGAGGUGGGCACAGGGAGGCCUAAGGGACUCAGGGAAAGGAGCCAGGUUCCUGGAGAACUGGCCGAUAGGAUCAUAGGCUCUGAAACCCUUAAACAAAGCACAAAACAAGAAACCAAAUCCCUGUCCAGUGAAGGACUUGGCUGCUCCUCUUGGUGAGUCUUGCACGUGCCUCUUGGCAUGCAUCCUCGUGUGCCUGGCCCGUGUCCCUGUUAGCAGGAGCUGACUGCUUGCCUGGCUGGGAACUGGUUGGGGGUCAGUGCUGCUGAGUUUGCAGACAGCUGUUCUUUCCUUGCUGCUGGAAGUGCCAGCUCUGGUUUUGUUUUUGCACUGGGUGCUUGCAAAGCUUUCCAGGAGAGGCAGUGAAAGAAACUCCUUGCUUGUUCCCUGUGUAGGGAAGAGCACAGGGAACAGUGGCAGAGCUUGAACUAUGCCAGGUGAGAAGUGAAGGAAGCUUCUGGAAAAAGCCUGUUGAGCACAGACAUCCCUUUGCUUGGGAUGUUUCAUGACGUUCCUAGGCUGGCAUCUUGUCUCCAUCCCAGAACACUUCCUACAGCUGCAGCUUUGCAGUAGUUUUGGUAGUGGUGGCUGUGAGGCAGAGGGGAUGAGGCUUUAGUUAAGUGGGGACUGGAGCCCGUUGUGAGAGCAGCGAGCUUGUCAGACCAAAGCUUGUCCCGUGGAGGUGCUUAGGAUACUGUUCAACUGGUAAUGAAGAACAGCACGGGUGGAGAGGCACAUGAAGGCAUUAUUGUCUUUAGAUCAAUCAGGGAAGGACUGAAUGUGCUAUAGCGUUCACUGGCCAGUUUCUCCAACAUGUCCUGGGCUUAACAUCGGCUGCCCAACUGCCUAGUGCUUUCCUUGCAGAUUAUCCCUGUCCACAGCUGGAGGCUGCAGUACUGUUCUCUGUGGGACUGAAGCCAGAAGGGCUGUGUACAGGAUAUGGACUUGCUCCUGGGCUACUGCUGGCAGUAUCAAAGCAAGCCCUGGAACUGAGCUGACAUCCCAAAGUCCCAGUAGAAGGAUGCCUACACAAACAGUGCUUGUGUGACCAACAGACCUCAGACAACUGGUGAGAUGGGGAGCUAUAGCUGUUUGCUGGCUGGUACCUUCAUAGAGUUAGAAGCUAGUGGGUAGUUACUGUAUGGUGUGUUUGUGUUGUUGGCGUUUAGAAGCAGCUGCCUAAAUGUUGGGACACUGUGUGUGUUGCACCUCUUGGCCAUGCAAAGCGUGUGUCAGGUAAGAACACUGGGAGCAGCUGAACCAGGAAACAUUGCAACUGCAACUUUUUUCUAUAAAUUAAUCCCAGGCAGAGGCAACAUCCAGCAGCAGGCUGGAUGCUGGAGCUUCCCACCCUGCCAAGCUGCUCUCAUCGCAUCCAAAGUAGGACAGUGAGCAACUAAAAUUUCUAUUUACGAGUAGCCUUCCUGUUCAGGUGGAAGAGUUGGGCUCUGAGAGGGAGGCCAUCUCCCUGUGAGGCAGGAAAUGAUCACAUGGAGCCCUGAGGGCAGCACAAAGCUGGUGGGAGAGCUGGAAGGCGGCAGCCAUGGCUGCUGCUCCCAUCCUGCACACUGGAUGCAUGGGCAGCACAGUGCACGCAGCCCAGUGCUGCACUGCAGCUGCAGUUGUUGGUAUAGGCAAGUGAAGCGUGAAUCUUUGUGUUUUGGGGGUCACAUGAAUGUAUACACAGACUGAUUGUUGGGUUUAGGGGGUGGGAAAUAGUGGUUCUAGGAAAAACAGGUAAAACUGACCAAACCAAGAGCAAUCUUCAAGAAGAGGAGAUGGAGAGCCUUCUUAAUGCUGUCCUCUGCCCUUCACUUUGGCAGCAGGACCGAGGACCUUAGUUGCGCUGUGACUUUGGGGCUGUGGCUGGCUGCCUGAUCAGGAUACCUGGAAAUGCCAACUAGCAGGUUAGAGAAAUGAGUCAGUGCACUAUGUAUGCGAGAGCAGCUUUCUUAAGACUUCUUGAUGGUUAAAGUAGAUGGGGCGCCAUGAAAGCUUUCCAGUGGAGCUUUACACCAGGUGAGGUCAGAUUCCUCUUUAGUUCCCUGCUGUCUCUGCAAGACUUAGAGCAGUGAGCCACUUCUGGUUUUGCCAUUUGAUGUGUAUCCGCAGUGCUGCCAGAAACCAACUGUGGUUGUUUGUCUUCAGUGAUAUGACCAGAGAGAAAAAGGGAAGGGAAUGCUGAAGCUUCUGUACUGCGUCCCUGAGGAUAGCAGUGCUGGGAUCAUGGCUGCAGGUGGCAGCUGAGUACAUAACUUGGGAUCAAAAGCCUGAGGCAUCACUUCAGGUUCUGCUGCUGAUGUGCUGAGAGAAGAUCUCCAUUGGCCUGUUUCCUUAUCUGUUAAAGCGUGAGUAAAGCUUCCCAAGGGCCAGUUUGCAAUUCACCUGCUUGCAUGUGUGUAGCGCCGGGCGGGGCUGCAGGCCAUGCUCCCCAAGGGCUGUGCUCUAAGCAGGCACAGGCAGGACUGACCCUGUUCCCUGGAGGAGACCCAAACUCUUGCAUUCCUUGAGCCCUCGCUGUUGAGGGUGAAGAAAGCUUACAUUUAUGGAACUCUCUGCAUCGCCUUAUUUACGCCUAACCACCAUCUGGCAAACUGGAGCUGGUGACAAAAGAGAGGCUGUCUGUCUGUCUGUCCUAAGCUGGCCAAUUCUUUCUGGUCAAGGGUUUUUACUUGGGGGGGGAAGGGGAGAAUGGGACACUUGAGUUUAUACCUCAUUUUGGCUGCUGUAACUGACUUUAUUCUUUUUCCUUUGGUAAGAAAGUGACUGUACUCAACACCAAGCAAAUAGUGAAAAUUAAAGCUGUUUCACUUCACUGUCA